GGAGGGGAAAUCCCUCAAUCCUCCCACGCGUACCUACUUUCCGUAGAUCUACGUCUUGUCAGUGUGUCUGUUUUGGACGAUGCCUGCUCUUGUCCUUUUACAUCAGAUAUUGAAAAUAAUGCUGUGAGUAGUGGCCGAACCUUUGAGGCCUCGAGGGUGACAUCUCAACAGCCUCUUGUCUCAUCUACCACCGGAAUAGCGCCUGCGUGUAGUGUGUACUGUUGCCUCAAAACCGGAGAAAACUGCUUCAAUCUCCUUGUCUUUCGCGCCGGCCAAUACUUGGCCAGGCUAAGAUUAGUAAUGGACGGUGGUGUACUUUCGCGGUACGGCUUGGUAUCACCUCCUGUGAUCUUCUGUCUAGUUCUCGGUGCUUCAUUCGUCGUUGCUGAUCUGUAUUUCUAUGGAGUAUUGGGUAAGCUACCAUGCCAGGCGUCCAAUUGCUCGUCUACGGUUCCGAGGCCGUCCGUGAAGCUCAUGAUGCAAGAUCAUAUGUGUCAUCACGUUCAUCACUACGCAGCAGAGGCAUUUGAAAGUUAUACUCACUUGUCUGAACUUCCCUUCAUAACCCCGAACUUUAUUACAACAAUGCACAUAUUUGUAGGUGCCUUUGGUGCAUACCUAGUGUCGUCUGAGAACUUCAAAAUCCGCCAAAUUGCCGUUGGUGUAUGUCAGUUCAGAAUAUUCUUGGACAUGCUGGAUGGUGUUGUGUUCAGACGACAGCUGAAACAUUCAAUGUACGUCAACGGUUGGGGAACUCUUGGCUACUAUAUUGAUGCUGGUGCAGAUAUACUGGCAUCUUUCCUCUUGGUUUAUGGCCUAUUUAUCUACCUGGUUCGACAACCGCCUCGCCGUAGCGAGGGUCUACCCCUACGUACUAGUCCACCGGAACCAAUAACGGACAUGCCCGUCAGCCGCAGCACCAUCCAGCUAACACUAAUACUCUGUCUUAUUCAAGGUUGCCUCCGUGGAUUGUUCUGGGAUCGCUACCAAUUUGCCUUUCACAGCAUCUUCAACAAAGUGCUACAUCACAAGGCUGAUGCGAUGCUGCAAGCUAGGAUUUUCAACUCGCCACUCACCCGAUUUGUCUUGUGGUGUUGGAAACUCUCAUCUGCCGAAGGAAUGUUAGGCUUUGUCUAUGCAAGCAUAUUCCUUGACUUUGUUUGGCCUAUGCUGAUUGUAUUGAGAAAGUACGGCUUCAUCCAGCUGGGAGUUGUUGUCAUCAUCUCCCAGCUACAUGCCUGGCAGAUUGGCGAGCUACUUGGCAAGGCUGCAUGAAGCUAGGAUCGUCACUUGACUAUAUAAAUUGACUUGACCAAUGUAGAGUUUUAUUACUAGUGAGAUGAUGCGGCUCAAGGAACAAAUACAGUUGCAUUUGCCCUGUAUUUCCAAUACUAUUUUUUCUUACUUGCUGAACUCGACCUGAAAUUACCUCAACCCUUCAGCUUCACCUGUCUGUUGUUUCGUUGUCUCGUGCUUCCCCCAUUGCCAGGUGUCUCUGCACUCCCCUGUCUGCUAGGACCUAUUACUGUAUUAGCUUGCUGGGAGAGCCCAGAUAGUAGUAGUGUCAAAACUCUUUGAAGUUCUCUGUCCAGCAUGCAGGCUCUUUCUCUGGCAUGUAUUUCUUUUCAAAGCGAAGCUGGCACAAAAAAAAUUAAAAACUAAACUAAAGAGAAAUGCAUACUGAUACUACUGGCUGGCUUGGCCCUCUUCAGUCUGAACUGUCUUGCUCUUACAAGUAUAUCCAUUUUACGCUCAAAAUGAAUAGUAUAUUUUGCGUGCAGCUUAGAACUCCAUAUUUAUAGUUCAACUUUCAUAUUUUCCAGCCAGUUCAUAUCCAUCAAAAAAAGUUUUAAAAAUAUCAAAUCGUCCGUAUCUCUUAUCUCUCUUCUUUUUGUCUUCUUUGUUUACGGCGGUCAAUGGGUGUGUGGACUGCAGUGCAUGACACAGUCCG